UAAAAGUCUAGCUCAUCCCUAGCUAGUAUACAUUUAUUUCGUUGUACUCGUUGAAAAAGUUGGACGCAACUGCGCGUCAUCAGCGCAGUAAAAGUAAUUAUUUUAAAUUUGUGCAUCAAAUAAGUAAUUCAUUAUAGAAAUUCAAUUCAAAUAGCACACACAUACACAGCAGAUACAGAAAAUUCUAUUGAUUUCUACGCUCGUCCAAGAUGGCGGACGACGAGCAAUUCAGUUUGUGCUGGAAUAAUUUCAACACAAAUCUGUCUGCUGGGUUCCACGAGUCGCUAUGCCGUGGAGAUCUGGUGGACGUAUCGCUGGCCGCGGAGGGGCAAAUCGUGAAGGCGCACCGUUUGGUGUUGUCCGUCUGUUCGCCCUUUUUUCGCAAAAUGUUUACGCAAAUGCCAUCGAAUACCCACGCCAUCGUGUUUUUAAACAAUGUUAGCCAUUCGGCUUUGAAGGACCUGAUUCAAUUUAUGUAUUGCGGCGAGGUUAACGUUAAGCAAGACGCCCUGCCGGCCUUCAUAAGCACAGCGGAGUCGCUGCAAAUAAAGGGGCUGACAGACAAUGAUCCUGCGCCGCAGCCGCCACAGGAGCCCACGCCCCCACCAGCCGCACCUCAUGUACAACAACAACAACAACAAGUCCCCGCCCAGCGUGUACAACGUCAACAGCCACGCGCCUCUGCGCGAUACAAAAUCGAGACCGUUGACGAUGUGCUGGGCGAUGAGAAGGGAACCACACAGAUUGUCAUCCAGACAACAGCCGCACCACAAGCCACCAUCGUACAACAACAACCGACACAGCAGCAGCAACAGCAUAUACAAACACAGCAGCUGCAGACGGCGACGACAACAACCGCCACGCUGGUGUCGACAAACAAGCGCACGGCACAGCGCAGCAGCCUGGUUGGCAGCGGUGCUGUCAAGCGCUCGAAGACCAGCACCGCCAACGUAAUUGACCCACUGGAAUCGGCAACGGAAACUGUUGCUGCGGGCACAACAACGACACAGCUGGCACCGCCGCAGCAGAUAACCGUGCAGACGACUGUGGUGGCCAGCGAGGCAAAGGUGCGCCAACAACAGCAGCAGCAGCAACAGGCGGUUGCACAGGAGGAAGCUGAAUAUAUUGAUCUCCCCAUGGAAUUGCCCACGAAAUCGGAACCGGACUAUAGCGAAGAGCACGCCGAAGUUGCUGGCGAUGGCGAUACGGCCUAUGUAGAGGACGAUACCUACGGCGAUAUGCGCUACGAUGAUAGCUAUUUUACCGAAAAUGAAGACGCCACCGGCGCCCAGGCCGCGGGCAAUACAAGCACAACCAGCGUCGCAGCGGCAACAACAUCAAAGGCCGUGGUCAAGCAGCAAUCGCAAAGCUAUAGCGAUUCCUCGUUUGUCGACACCGGCGCGGAGCAAAGCAACACAGAGGCUCAAGUGCAACCAAAGCAAACGCCAACCGGAAAGAGCCAAAAGGAAGCGGAAAUAACCACAAAGUCAACCAAGGAUGCGCGAAUACCGCUAUUUGCGGGCAGCAAAGUGUUCGUCUCGAAAGAAGACUUAGCCAAGGUUUAUGUGCCCAUUCCGCCAAUAUACACAUCGCGCGUGACUGAUCUGGUGAUUGGCAAGGAGCAGCUGAAACGCAUUGCGAGGGGCGAGCUGCAACCGCAAAAGGACCUGUUCCAGGCAAUUAUAACUCAUGUAUGCCAGGUGUUUGCCCGGCGCGGCGACAAGCUGAAGGAAGCCACAGUCCAGGAGUUCAUAGAUCACAAGCUGGCCACCAUCAAAGCCAAUCUGGCCGGCGGCAUUAGUGUCAUGCAGUCCAUCCGGGCGCUCUUCGAGGACAAGAACACCAGCACCAACAUUCAGUAUACGACAACGCAACGUGGUCGCAUCAUGCUCAUCUACAACGGCUAUCGAUAUGUGGUGAAUCGCCAGAGCCUGAAGAACGUUUUCUGGCGAUGCUCGCGCUAUGUGAAGCACUGCUGUCGCGCUACCCUGGUCACGUCCAAGGUGAACGACGUGACGCUUCGCAUCGCCGGCUCGCCGCACACCCAUGGGCCCGAGGUGAAGGCCGAUGAAUGCAGCUCGCCGGAGUUUACUGUCGAGAUCCUCGACGAGCUCUCGGAGCUUCAAUAAACUAUUUUCCCCGUAAUAUUUGUUUAAUGCAUAAGAUGUCGCUGCAAUAAAUUGAAUAACACAUGAA